AGGUUUCAGUCCGUGCUCGGGUCUCGACAAAGAGGGAGUAAGAGGCAGACAGACAGACAGACAGACAGACAGACAGAGGGACUGACAGAGUGAGAAAAGGAGAGAGAGAGAGAGAGAGAGAGAGGAGCGAGAGAGCGCGAGGGGCUGUGUGUCCCAGCCACACCGCACUCUUCAAACACAACCACAGUCUCGCACGCGUUCAAUUCAAUGAAGACCUAACGAGCACAACACCAAGACUACCUAAAAACCAGUGAAUAUAUUAAACGCGCUGCACGUUGCGUGUUUUGUCGUCUCUUCAACCUAUCCACGAUGCGUUUGUGACGGACAACUCGAGAGGGAAGAAAACGAAGAGGUGGAGGGGGGGGGUUGGAAAACUGAAGAAGAACCUGGAUUUCUUUCCUCCGCGUUAUUUUAUGUGGACUCGACUGUCAUAACUGGAUGUAAAAAAAAAAAAAAAAAAAAAGAAAAGACAAGAAAAAACUCUCAAGAGCGAGAGAGAGAGAGAAAGCAUUGAAGGAGAGACCGAGUUUCAAACUGUCGGCAAAAUGGUGAUAAGGCUGUGAAUACCCUGCAUCUGAGAAAUCAGACCAGACUGACUCACAGGGCUCUGUGAGCCAGCGCCACCGAGGCUGCCAAAGCAUGCUGGUGCCAAGCUGUCCCACCAUGCACAGAGCCAGACCCACGCUGCUGCUGCCGCUGCUGCUCGUCCUGGGUCUGUUCCUCCACCUCGCCGAUGCUCAAACACCACCAAAGUUUUUAAGAACCCCUAAUGACCAAACAGGCGUGCAAGGAGGGGUGGCAUCCUUUAUCUGCCAAGCUACUGGAGAUCCACGGCCCAAGAUUGUGUGGAACAAGAAGGGGAAGAAAGUCAGCAACCAGAGAUUUGAGGUGAUAGAGUUCGACGAUGGUUCUGGUUCAGUGCUAAGAAUUCAGCCUUUGCGCACGCCCCGAGAUGAAGCCAUAUACGAGUGCGUCGCCUCCAACAGUGUUGGAGAGACGAGCGCUACCACCAGACUCACUGUUUUACGUGAGGACCAGCUGCCCCCUGGUUUCCCCACCAUAGACAUGGGCCCACAGUUAAAAGUGGUGGAGCGAACUCGCACUGCCACCAUGCUCUGUGCCGCCAGUGGCAACCCUGACCCUGACAUUUCCUGGUUCAAAGACUUCCUCCCCGUCAACACCACCAACAACAAUGGACGCAUUAAACAACUCAGAUCAGAAUCCUUUGGUGGUACACCAAUAAGAGGAGCCCUCCAGAUAGAGCAGAGUGAAGAGUCCGACCAGGGGAAGUAUGAAUGUGUGGCAACCAACAACGAUGGAACUCGCUACUCUGCCCCAGCCAAUCUAUAUGUCAGAGAGCUACGAGAAGUACGCCGAGUGCCACCGCGAUUCUCCAUUCCACCUACAGACAAUGAGAUCAUGCCGGGCGGCAGUGUCAAUAUCACAUGCGUGGCAGUGGGCUCGCCCAUGCCAUAUGUCAAGUGGAUGCUGGGUGCUGAGGACCUCACGCCAGAGGACGACAUGCCCAUUGGACGGAACGUCUUGGAGCUCACAGACGUCCGGCAGUCAGCCAACUACACCUGCGUGGCCAUGUCGACCCUGGGGGUGAUCGAAGCUGUAGCCCAGAUAACAGUGAAAGCAUUGCCCAAAGCUCCUGGCACUCCUGUGGUGACAGAGCGAACAGCCACCAGCAUAACACUCACUUGGGACUCUGGAAAUCCUGAACCAGUGUCCUACUACAUCAUCCAACACAAGUCCAAAUACUCAGAGGACCUGUACAAGGAGAUAGACGGCGUGGCCACCACGAGGUACAGUGUAGGAGGCCUCAGCCCGUAUUCAGACUACGAAUUUCGAGUAGUGGCGGUAAACAACAUCGGGCGAGGGCCACCCAGCGAGAGCAUCGAGGCCAAAACAGCAGAGCAGGCCCCAAGCACGGCGCCAAGGCAGGUCAGAGGCCACAUGAUGAGCACCACAACAGCUGUCAUCCACUGGGACGAACCAGAGGAGGCUAAUGGGCAGAUCAUGGGCUACAGAGUCUACUACACCAUGGACUCCACUCAGCAUGUCAACCUCUGGGAGAAGCAGAUUGUUCGGGGGUCAAACUUUGUCACCAUCCAAGGCUUGAUCCCCAAUAAGACCUAUUACAUCAAGGUUCUGGCCUACACCUCAGUAGGUGAUGGACCGCUUUCUGCAGACCUUCAAAUCAUCGCCAAGACAGGAGUUCCUUCCCAACCAACCGACUUCAAAGGAGAGGCCAAAUCAGAAACAAGUAUUUUGCUCUCGUGGAUUGCCCCAGCUCAGACUGGACAGGAAAAUCAAAUCACAGGAUAUGAACUUAUGUACAGGAAGAGGGACGACAAAGAGGAGAGACGGAUCAGCUUCGAGCCGACAACAACAUACUUGUUGAAAGAGCUGAAGCCCUUCACCACUUAUACUUUCCGGCUGGCUGCCCGUAGUAAACAUGGAGUUGGAGCUUACACCAAUGAGAUUUCUGCAGAAACUCCACAGACACAACCCUCGGGCCCACCUCAGGAAGUCAAGUGCUAUAGCCCCAGCUCCACCAACAUCCUGGUAAGUUGGAGGCCACCCCUGAUGGAUUUACAAAACGGGAUCAUAACCCAAUACACCGUCCAAUACGCUGCGACAGAAGGGGAGGAUACUACAGCUCGUCAAAUCCCUGGCAUUCCUCCAGAAAGCUCCCAGUACCUUUUGGAAAACUUGGAAAAAUGGACAGAGUACAGUGUGACAGUCACUGCUCAUACAGAUGUCGGAGCUGGACCGGAAAGCCUUCCACAACUCAUCCGCACAGAUGAGGAUGUUCCUAGUGGGCCACCUCGUAAAGUUGAGGUGGAGGCUGUCAACUCCUCAUCUAUUAAAGUGAUCUGGCGUUCACCGAUGCCAACCAAGCAGCACGGUCAGAUCCGAGGGUACCAGGUGCACUAUGUCAGGAUGGUUAAUGGGGAGCCCACAGGACAGCCAGUCAUCAAGGACAUACUGAUUGAUGAUGCUCAGUGGGAAUAUGAUGAUUCAACUGAACAUGAAAUGAUCAUCACAGAGCUUCAGGCUGAGACCACAUAUUCAGUUACUGUGGCAGCCUAUACGACAAAAGGUGACGGUGCACGUAGCAAGCCCAAACUGAUCACCACCACUGGCGCAGUUCCUGAAAAACCCCGGCUAAUGGUUAGUACCACCAACAUGGGCACAGCUCUCCUCCAGUGGCAUCCCCCAGCACUAACCCAUGGUCCCCUGCAAGGCUAUCGCCUCCGUUUUGGCCGCAAAGAUGUGGAUCCACUGACAGUUAUUGAGUUCCCUGAACGAGAGAACCACUACACUACCAAAGAGAUCCAUAAGGGAGCCUCAUACACUUUCCGCCUUUCUGCACGCAACAAGGUGGGCUUUGGCGAAGAGACGGUUAAAGAAGUCACCACGAAUGAGGAUGUCCCAAGCGGUUACCCUCAGAUCAUCACAGCUGAGGGUGCCACAACCUCAACCAUUCAAGUUAGCUGGCAGCCUGUUUUGCUGGCAGAACGAAAUGGCCAAAUAGUGAAAUAUGCUCUGCAGUAUAAGGACAUCAACAGCCCACGUAGUCCCUCAGAACUCUUCAUCACCGCCCCGGAAUCGACAGUCAUCCUGGACGGCCUUAAAGCAGAUACCACUUAUGAUAUUAAAAUGUGUGCCUUCACCAGCAAGGGCUCUGGUCCCUAUAGCCCAAGUGUCCAAUUCAGGACACAGCCUUUGGAUCAAGCAGUGUUUGCAAAAAAUUUUCAUGUGAGAGCUGCUAUGAAGACAUCAGUGUUGCUGACCUGGGAAAUCCCAGACACCUACAAUCCGGCCCAACCUUUCACUAUCCUUUACGAUAAUGGGCAGAGCGUGGAGGUGGAUGGGAAGUUAACGCAGAAGCUGAUCACGGGUCUUCAGCCAGAGACACAGUACUCCUUCCUCCUCACAAAUCGUGGCAACAGCGCUGGAGGGCUGCAACAUCGUGUGUCCACCAUGACGGCCCCAGAUAUUCUCCGAACCAAACCAUACCUCAUUGGGAAGACCAACUCAGACGGUAUGGUGACUGUAGAGCUACCAUCAGUGGAGACUUCUGAGAGAGUGAGGGGAUAUUACAUUGUGGUAGUGCCUCUGAAGAAGCAGCGCACUGGCAAGUUCUUCAAACCCUGGGACAAUCCCGACGAGAUGAAUUUGGAGGAGCUGCUUAAGGAGAUAAACCGAACAAGCAGAGGCCUUCGCUUCCUGAGGCAGGCAGAACCCAAAGCCUACAUUGCUGCUUACUACAAAGACUUGCCCAAAGAGUUCACCCUGGGAGACGGCAAGAUCUACGGCGACUUUGAAAACAAGCAACUGCAAAAUGGCCAAGAGUACAUUUUCUUUGUGCUUGCGGUUCUGGAGAUGUCUGAAAAUAUCUUGUAUGCCACAAGCCCCUACUCAGACCCAGUUGUGUCAGCCGACAUCGACCCCCAGCCAAUCAUCGACGAAGAGGAAGGCCUAAUCUGGGUGGUGGGCCCUGUGCUUGCAGUCGUCUUCAUCAUAUGCAUUGUCAUUGCUAUUCUUCUCUACAAAAGCAAACCAGACAGAAAAAGAGCAGAAUCUGAAGCUAGGAAAGGCAGUCUCCCCAACAGCAAAGAAAUGCCCCUGCAUCAUCCAACUGACCCCGUUGAGCUUCGACGUCUCAACUUCCAAACACCUGGUUCAGGUGCGUCCAGUCACCCCAGUAACCUCCAUUUGUCAAGUAUGGCCAACCACCCUCCAAUUCCAAUUAUGGACCUGGCAGAUCAUCAGGAGCGCCUAAAAGCCAAUGACAACCUGAAGUUUUCACAAGAAUAUGAGUCCAUCGACCCUGGUCAGCAGUUCACAUGGGAGCACUCGAACCUGGAGGUCAACAAACCAAAGAACAGAUAUGCCAACGUGAUUGCCUACGACCAUUCCCGAGUCCUGCUCUCUGCUAUUGAUGGUAUUCCUGGAAGUGACUACAUCAACGCCAACUACAUUGACGGCUACAGAAAGCAAAAUGCCUACAUUGCCACUCAAGGAUCCCUGCCAGAAACAUUUGGUGAAUUCUGGAGGAUGAUCUGGGAGCAGAGGAGCGCUAUCAUCGUCAUGAUGACCAAACUGGAGGAGAGAUCCAGGGUGAAAUGUGACCAAUACUGGCCAACGAGAGGGACAGAGACAUAUGGCCUCAUUCAAGUGACACUGCUAGACACAGUAGAGCUGGCUACAUACUGUGUCAGGACAUUUGCACUUUUUAAAAAUGGCUCCAGCGAGAAGAGAGAGGUGCGGCAAUUCCAGUUCACGGCCUGGCCGGACCACGGGGUACCAGAGCACCCCACCCCGUUCCUGGCCUUCCUGAGACGGGUGAAAGCUUGCAAUCCUCCAGAUGCAGGGCCCAUGGUGGUACACUGCAGUGCUGGAGUGGGACGCACAGGCUGCUUCAUCGUGAUUGAUGCCAUGAUGGAACGCAUCAAACACGAGAAGACUGUGGACAUCUAUGGGCAUGUGACGCUAAUGCGUGCCCAGCGCAACUACAUGGUGCAGACAGAGGACCAGUAUGUCUUCAUACAUGACGCGCUCCAGGAGGCCGUCAACUGCGGCACCACCGAAGUGCCGGCCAGAAACCUAUACGCCUACAUCCAGAAACUGACGCAGAUAGAAGGUGGAGAGAAUGUCACCGGCAUGGAACUUGAGUUCAAGCGUUUAGCUAACACUAAAGCCCAUACAUCACGAUUCAUCAGUGCCAAUCUCCCCUGCAACAAGUUCAAGAACCGCCUUGUUAACAUAAUGCCAUACGAGUCCACGCGAGUGUGUCUUCAGCCCAUUCGAGGAGUUGAGGGCUCUGACUACAUCAAUGCCAGUUUCAUUGAUGGGUACAGGCAACAGAAAGCCUAUAUUGCCACACAGGGACCACUGGCAGAGACCACAGAGGACUUCUGGAGAAUGCUCUGGGAGCACAACUCCACUAUUGUUGUUAUGCUAACCAAGCUUAGAGAAAUGGGCCGGGAAAAAUGCCAUCAGUACUGGCCAGCAGAGAGAUCGGCCAGAUACCAGUAUUUUGUGGUGGACCCAAUGGCCGAGUAUAACAUGCCCCAGUAUAUCCUGAGAGAGUUCAAAGUGACUGAUGCCAGGGAUGGGCAGUCACGAACAGUGAGGCAGUUUCAGUUCACAGACUGGCCUGAACAAGGAGUGCCAAAAUCAGGAGAGGGCUUUAUCGAUUUCAUUGGCCAAGUACAUAAAACAAAGGAGCAGUUUGGCCAAGAUGGGCCAAUCUCGGUCCACUGUAGCGCGGGUGUUGGUAGAACUGGAGUUUUCAUCACCCUCAGCAUUGUCUUGGAGCGAAUGAGAUAUGAGGGCGUAGUAGACAUCUUUCAGACAGUGAAAAUGUUACGAACACAGAGACCAGCUAUGGUGCAGACAGAGGAUCAGUACCAGUUCUGCUACAGAGCUGGUUUGGAGUACCUGGGAAGCUUUGAUCACUAUGCAACGUAAAAGACCCAGUAUGAGAAGAAAAAAGCAGAGGGCCCUUUGGAAAGAAUACCCAGUGAGCCUCUCUUCUGAGCCAUAAAUUCUUGCUUGAGAAAGUACUCCUUAACUCCUUGCUAACAACUCAUUAAGUGUUGGAUGUGCGACAUGACUUGUCAAAAAAUGAAAAAGAUGAUUCCCGGAGGACCAAGUAUUUCCAAACCCUGAUAAAACCUCACUUUGACUCAAAGCGAGGGAAUCCUGACUGUUGGAGCAUCAUAUGGAAUUACUUUUUCUUUUGCUUCAAGGAUUCAUUUUGGGGCUCAUAAAACUGAAUGAAACCAACACAACAAAAAAGUAAAUGAACAGUAAUGACAUCAUCAGAAAUGCAUCAGUGAUUAUGAACCAUUAUGAGAGGCAUUGGAGGCACACAGAACCGCAGGUGGGGGGGGGGGGGACUUGAUGCACAUUGUAAAGAAAAAAAAAAAGUCUAUUUCACAAUCAAGUACACACUGACAACCCAUCGAAAAAGAAGACAAUGCUUGGUCCACAACAGCAGGACAGACUUAAAGUAAUAAUGAAUACAUACCCCCCUUUUCCUGUCACAAUGUUCAUCAUCGAAAUUUUGGGAGAGGGUAAAGUUCAAAUGAUCUAUAAAAUAAAUAAAAAUUAUUGAUUUAGUUUUUUAGUACUUUAUUAUACAGCUGAUGUGCUUUUUUUCAACUGUGUGAAUUUCCUUUUUUUACACAAAUGUCUCGCUUGAAAGAAAGUGAUAAAACGUAUUCAAUGUUAAUUUUUUUUAAAGCUGUAGAACUGUUCUGGUGUAUGUGCUAUUUUGCAGAGAAUCUUUUCCCCUCUUUUUUUUUUUUUUUUUUUUUACUAUCUUGCUCCCCACACUACCAAAAUGUUGAGUUGAUUCAAGAGAUUUUUUUUUUUGGUCUUGAUUUGUUUGUUUGUUUUUGUCCAUAAUCACAUACUUGGUAACUUAAAUACACCCAUCAGAUAAACUGGGGCUUUGUGGAAUCAACAGGGAUGAGCAAAGUAUGAAGUUGCUGCUACCGAUUAUCUUAGUUCUUCCAUGUAAGAAGUGUGAUGAGAGGACCUAGUGAAUUGGAUAUGAUACAUAAAUAUACAAAUAUAUGGUACAGAUUGUCAAAUAUAUGUGAAAGAUCUAUAAAAGUAUUAAUUAAACAUUCUAAUUUUAUUGACAAAGAAAAUAAUUUAUGAGAAUAAAAAGGUAUAGAGUAUUGCUUGUCUAUGAAAGCUUCCAAAUUGAAAGUUGUGUGCUAUUGGGGAAAUGAUUUUUUUUUCACUGGAAUGCACAUCAGUAGGACAACAUUGUAUUCUGAUUCAGUGCAUCUUUUCUUGUGCAAUAAAUAUGUGUAUUUUUUAGAUAGGGUUUUAUGUGGAUAUGUCAUUCACUCAUGACAUUGUUGUUCCCCACGUGAGGGAGGAAGUGGUGAGUGUGAAUGUCGGAUGCCAGUCAAAGCAUCACUGGUGCAUUUUUUAUGUAAGCUCUCACACAGGUCUGUAGUUUAGAGACGGAGGGGUCACACAGCCGCAGUCACAGCUCCACACAAUAGGGCAAGGUACAAAGACGUCACCUUCUUGUGGUUCUUAAAAAGCAUUCAAUGGUAAAGGUAUUUUUUUUUUCCUUUUUUUGCAUUUAGAGUGCCUUAUAUUUAUGCCUGUUUUUACAAUGUUUCAUUUAACAUAUUAAUGUAUCCUUUGAGUAAUCUAGGCAUUUAGUGUAAAUGUAACUGUAUAGUUGAUUUACCUGUAGUAUUCAUUUGUCACAUGAUGAGAUUAUAUAUGCAAAUAAGAACAUUUCAAAGCUCAUAUUUUUCAUUUUCAGUGGCCUUAUUGUGGCUGAGUGAAAUAGAAUUGAAAAGUUUAUAUAUAUUACUACAAUCUACAGUCAAAAAGAAAAUAUAUAAAAAGUUAACAGACAUUUAUCAAAACUCUUCAGACACAGAGCCAGGGAUGAGAUUGCAGAACAUGUGUCUCAAAAAUAAACAGUAUGAAGUCUCGACGUAAAAUUAACACGCUUUUACAAUGGUAUAUAUGUUCUGAUUUUAAAACGGUUAAUCAAACUAAAAAUGGACUGGAUGGAAAAAUGUAAAAAAAAAAAAGAAAAAAGAAAAAAAAAAAGCCUAAUGCACAGGUCAUCACCGAAGGGGUUUCUUCUUCAUGCCUUAGGUUUGAACAACAGGCUUCAUAUGUCACUAAAGAGAGGAGAUAUAGAGAAAUACAUUCUGCCAAUAUUGUUUCUGUUAUCCUGACAAUCCUAAACUGUGUCCUUUUGUUUUGAGGUUACAGGCAGAAACAGACAGUUUCAAUGGUUGCGUUUCAGUCUUUAUGUUGGGCAGCAUCUUUACCUUCAUCUCCCUCUUUGAUGGCUUUGUGGAUGUGCAUUCCAGGUGCUUUCUUUCCCUUGUUAACUCAAGCAGCUGUGUGUUCGGUUUGUUCGUCGAAUGCUUAACUGAUUCUUUUUGUCAUCAUUUUGGGAUAUAAAAGUGCUAUUAUUUAACCUCAUGGUGGCUAAUCUUACGUUAUGUCCAAGUCUCGGAAACAUGUUUUUUUUUCUCAUCUCAGUUUUAACUUUUUAUUUCUAAUUAAUAUUGAUUUUUCAUAUGCAUGGUGAAACGUUGCAGAACGGCCAGAGCUGGCCUGGUAGGAAGAUUUGCACUUUCUCUAUCUUUGUACUAUGCACUGCCCUAUUGAUUCUAAACCCAAUAAUAUAUUACUUGAACCCAUCUAUAAAAAAGAAAUCUCCUUAAACGUUCACUUUGUGUGUAUGUAAAUAACACAAAAAAGGUAUCAACUCUUGAAAAAGACAAAAAAAAAAAAAAGUUUGUGGCGAAAAAGAGCAUCCAUUCUGAUGCCAUGGUUACUCCAGCAGAUGACUUCAGAACAAUUCUGUCCCCCGACCAUCUGUUCUUGUGGCUUUGCCAUUCAAGCUUGGAGUGUCAUUAACAGAAAUAAACGUUGUGUUCUCUGCUCUCUCUAUCUAUCUCUCGUCUGGAUGCAUAGACUGAAAAUUAAAUAAUGAAAUUGUAAAAAAAAAAAAAUGGCUUGUUAAAAAGAUCAUACAAUUACCUCUGAUUAGUUGUAAGCGUAAACUGUUUCUUUUUCUGAAUGAAAGGAGUGCUUUUUAUUUUCUUACUUAGGUUACAUUGGUGGCGAAAGACGUCUGUAUGAAAAUCAGUUUCUCUGCUGACACAAGUUCCAUUUGUUAUAAAUGAAUUCUAUUAAAAAAUGUCAGUGUUA